AUUAAUAGCCAUGUAAGCAUGUUUUUCGUAUUUUUCGAUGUUGGUUUUCGUGAAAAGUAAUUUGAUUGAUUGAUUGAUGUAAAGUUUCGAUUCUAGAAUUUGUGUUUCCGAAUGCAUCAUGAAACUGGAAAUAUGGUGAAAGAAAAGAAGCUGUUGAAAGAUGUGAAUGCCGGUCAGAAAGGAUUAAACGAUUCGGGUCCGUCAGUGGUCGAAGAAAUAUCCGAUCGGAUAUGGAGAUUGAGGUGGGACAUUAGAAGGAAUUAUUUCAUCCCAAGACCUGCAAUAAGGGUUGAUGAAGAACAAGUUCUUAAAGAGAUUAAUGAGCUCAAAUGGGCUAGAGAUAAAGCCUUUGCUAAUGCUCCUAUAAAGGGGAAGAUCUGGAAUUCAUUGCCUUCAAAAAAUGUCAUCAAACAACAAAUUAAGGCAAUGGAAGAGGCUUUGAAUGAAGAAGAUAGGAAGGAGCAUAUGCAGAUUAGAGGUGAAAUAGAAGUGGUGAAGAGAGAAAUAAAUGGUGUAAAGAAGAGUAUAGCUUCUUUGAAGAGGCAAUUGUUGGAUGUUCGUAGGAAAAAAGGGGAAGCUUACAAAAUUAUUUUGAAGUUAAUUAAGACUCAAAAUCAACCUAUUUGAUAGUUCCUUGUUGUAUAUCUCAAUAUAUUAUGAUGCAUUGGUAUAUAAAUUCUUCAA